CUCACUGUUGAUGUCUUGCAGAAUCUGGAGUACGCUGCAGCAGCUGGAAAAACCACAUCUGCCUUCAUCUUCGAGUGCAAAACUUUUAUUUCUCACAUAGACUAACCAGAAUCAUGGUUUUCCAUAAGGAGUUCCAGAAUGCUGGUAAGGAGCCAGGCCUUCAGGUGUGGCGGAUAGAGAAGAUGGACCUGAAGCCUGUCCCUAAGCAGCUCCAUGGCAACUUCUACACCGGUGAUGCCUACAUCCUGCUCUUCACCACCCCUGCCCCCUCCUACAGUAUCCACAUGUGGCUGGGAAAUGAAUGCUCUCAAGAUGAAAGUGGUGCUGCGGCCAUCUUUGCCACCCAGCUGGAUGAUUUCCUCGGUGGGAGUCCAGUGCAGUUUCGAGAGGUCCAGGAGAAUGAGUCUGUCACCUUUCUGGGCUACUUCAAAUCUGGCAUCAAAUACAAGAAAGGGGGCGUGGCCUCUGGCUUCCAACAUGUGGUGACCAAUGACAUGAAUGUCAAGCGCUUGCUCCACAUUAAGGGACGGAGGGCUAUCAGGGCCAAAGAGGUGGGCUUAGCCUGGGCUAGCUUCAACCGAGGAGACUGCUUUAUCAUUGACCUUGGCAAGGACAUUUAUCAGUGGUGUGGGAGUGAGUGUAAUCGUUUUGAGCGUCUGAAAGCCUCACAGGUGGCAAUUGACAUCCGUGAUAAUGAGAGAAAUGGCCGUGCCCACAUCCACAUGGUGGAGGAUGGGGCGGAGCCUCAGCCGGUGAUUGACGCUCUUGGGCCUAAGCCCAAUAUCCCAGCCGGAAGUGCCGAUGAUGAGGCUGUUGGAAGGGCCACCUCAAAGAAGGGCACCCUGUACAUGAUCUCUGAUGCGGCAGGCUCCAUGAAAACUUCAGUGGUGGCCCAGAGCAGCCCAUUCAGACAGGAAAUGCUCUCCCCAAGUGAAUGCUACAUCCUGGACAAUGGAGCAGACAGCAAGAUCUUCCUUUGGAAAGGACCAACUGCAAAUGCAGCUGAGAGAAAAGCAGCCAUGAAGGCAGCAGAGCAGUUCAUCAAAGAGAAAAACUACCCCAGGAACACACAGAUCCAGGUGAUGCCAGCUGGAGGUGAGACCACUUUGUUCAAGCAGUUCUUCUCCAACUGGAAGGAUAAAGACCAGACCACAGGCCCUGGUCAGGCCUACACCAUCGGGCGCAUUGCCCGGGUGGAGCAGAUUCCAUUCGAUGCCUCUUCCCUGCACUCCAACAAGGCCAUGGCUGCACAGCACGGCAUGGUGGAUGAUGGUUCUGGCAAGGUCCAGGUGUGGCGUGUUGAGGGAGGGGAUAAGGUCCCCGUGGACCCUGGCAGCUAUGGGCAGUUUUAUGGUGGAGAUUGUUACCUGGUGCUCUAUACCUACCGUCAGGGAGGCAGGGAGCAGCACAUCAUCUACACCUGGCAGGGGCUGAAGUGCACGCAGGAUGAGCUUGCUGCUUCCGCAUUUCUGACAGUCAAGUUGGAUGACUCUAUGGGAGGGGCACCCGUUCAGGUUCGUGUCACUCAAGGUCAGGAACCACCCCAUCUGAUGAGCCUGUUUAAAGGGAAACCAAUGAUCAUCCACCUGGGCGGGACUUCACGUAAGGGUGGCCAGAGCCGGACUGGUAGCACACGCCUCUUUCACAUCCGCCAGAGCACCACCCGUGCUACACGAGCUGUAGAGGUGGAGCCCUCUGCUGCAUACCUGAACACCAAUGACGUGUUUGUGCUGAAGACCCCUGACUCUCUGUUCGUGUGGAAGGGCGUGGGGUCCACAGAAGAGGAGAUGGCAGCUGCCAAAUAUGUGGCCAGUUUCCUGGGAGGCAGUGCUACAGAGGUGGCUGAGGGCAAGGAGCCAGCUGCGUUCUGGUCAGCACUCGGGGGAAAGAAGGAUUAUCAGACCUCCCGCAGUCUGCAGAAGACGGUGAAACCACCGCGUCUGUUUGGUUGUUCCAACAAGACUGGCAGACUCAUUGCAGAGGAGGUGCCAGGGGAUUUCACUCAGUCUGACUUGGCCACUGAUGAUGUCAUGCUUCUGGAUACCUGGGACCAGAUCUUUCUCUGGAUUGGAAAUGAUGCCAAUGAAGUGGAGAAAACUGGAUCAAUGCUGAUAGCCAAAGAUUACAUUGAAUCGGACCCCUCUGGACGCCGUGGCACCCCCAUCACCACCAUUAAACAGGGCGCUGAGCCCCCCACCUUCACUGGCUGGUUCCAGGCCUGGGAUCCUAAGAUGUGGGACACAGAUCCUCUGGAACGAAUCCGUACUCAGUUCUAAAAGCCCCACGCCCAUCCGGUCCCGCGCGCUUGGCUUGUCAAGCAUACGCCUUUCUGCCUCCCAUUGCUAAAAGCUAAAAAACCUACAGAUGUUAGGACACUGUAGUUGAACCAACAGUACAAAAUAAUGCCAUGAGCUAGUCCAAUGGCACUGUAUUGCUUGGAUGAUAUCUUUAUGUUGCUUUUGUUUGACUUUUUUUUGUAUUUUUGUUUGCUUUUUUUUAGUUCUUUUAUGGUAUAAAUUAGUGCCAAACCUGGACACAGGAAUUGAUAUUGGAAAAUUCUAUGAAUAUGUUCAUUUAUGUGCUUAUAUCAAGUAUGAAGGUAGUCUGGACCAUAGUGAGCAAUUUUAAAAGCAGCAUUUGCCUAUUAAAAACAUUUAAAAGCAUUUUUUUAACUAUCCGUGCAGAUUUAUAUAGACAUAAACUAUACUCCAGGGCUAGUGGUUCCAUGUGAACAAACAUUUAUUAAAAGCCAAAUUUCAAAAGGGUUACAAAACAUUGUAAGUCUGUGCCUUAAAAUUAUGAAAACUAAUGUAUGCAAACACAGUGUAUUUUUUACAAAUGUAAUGGUUCUUGGUUUGACAUAAAGACCUGCUU